AUGCUGGACAAUUCUUCUAAAGAGUUUGUGUUUGUUCUCAGUGGACUGAAUGACACUAGAACAAACAAACACAUAUACUUUUCUGUUGGUCUUAUUGUUUACAUUGUGACUCUGUUUGUAAAUCUGACGUUACUUUUCACAAUUAUUCUGGAUAGAUCCCUUCAUGAGCCCAUGUAUAUUUUUAUAUGCAAUCUGUACGUGAAUGGGAUAUGUGGGGCUUCUGCUUUCUAUCCAAAGAUACUUGUUGAUCUUUUUUCAAACUCUCACGUCAUUUCAUUUACGGGGUGCAUGUUGCAAAUAAGUGUCAUUCACUGCUAUAUUCUUUGUGAAUACACCUGUCUGACAGCCAUGGCCUAUGACAGAUAUGUCGCCAUUUGUAAGCCUUUGCAAUAUCACAACAUUAUGACACAGAGGAAGGUAGUGAAGUUACUGGUCAUUAUCUGGCUUUUUACUAUCCUCGAAGUUUCUGCUGGGACUGCACUGACAGCACAAACGCCAUUAUGUGGAAAUACCAUUGACAAAAUGUACUGCUUUUACUGGGAUGUUGUUAAGCUGUCCUGCACAGAUAUCACUGUGCACAGUCUUUAUGGCUACAUAAUAAUAUGUUUACAUUUUUCUCAAGCUGUUUUCAUCACUGUUUCAUACAUCCAUAUCAUCAGAGCUUGUGUGAAGUCGAAGAAAGAGCGGGUUAAAUUCAUGCAGACCUGUCUUCCCCAUUUAAUCACCCUGAUGAACUUCACUGUUUCUGUGUUAUUAGAUGUUAUGUAUGCUCGCUAUGGCAGUGGUCAAGAUCGACAAGCUCUGCGCAACAUCUUUGGAAUGGAGUUUAUGGUUGUGCCUCCUCUCCUAAACCCCAUAAUAUAUGGGUUAAAAAUGACCCAGAUUCGCCGCAGGUUUCUGCAUAUUUACAGGCACAGACUUAAAGCAGUGCAACAGAGCUGAUACUACUGAAGUACUUCUGAAUUACUUCUGUCGUAUUGCAGGAUAUUUCAUGAUAUCAUAAGAUAUCUAUUUGUAAGAACAAGCAUUGGCGAUUUAAAAACCUAUGUAUUAUAAAGCUAUACAGAUAUAUAAGAAGACAAUUAUAUAGUAUAUAAGUCUGUUGAUACUGGUGUUGUGUAACUAUUUAAACAGCCUUUUUUUUACUCUAAAUACAAAUAAUUAAUACUUUUUUGUAAAUGUCCCCACUGUGGAAAUAAUAAUAAUUUUAAUAUUUCAAUUCAUUCAAUUAAGUAAAAACACUAUUUUUUCUUUAUAUGUUAAAUGAAUUAAGGCUACAAAUAUUCUAUCUUGAACUAUUAACAAAUAUGUAAUUUUUGUGUAAAUUAAUGUAAUUAUAUUAAUAUAAUAAAUGUAUUCUCUUCCUUGACCAAGAACACAAUUUUGUUUAUUGUUCCUUUUAUCUUUAUUCCCUUUUUAAAAUCAGGUGACAAACUGCCUCUCUUUUCAUUAUGCAUGAAUGAGAUGUGUGUGCUUUUGUAUGAUAAUCUUACUUUAU